AUGAAGCUUGAGAUCCUAGGACUGAGCGAAGUCCGUUGGCCGAACUUUGGAGAACACAGAUUGCCGUCGGGUCAAAUUCUGCGAUACUCUGGUCUACGAGGUGAACACGCUCCUCGUCACUGUGGAGUUGGCUUCCUGCUCAGCGCGCACGCCUACACUGCGCUAAUAAAGUGGGAGCCUAUUAAUGAGAGAAUAAUCGUUGCCCGAUUCAGAACACGGGUUCGAAACCGUACCAUCAUCCAAUGUUACGCACCAACUGAUGCUGCCGAAAUGCAAGAAAAGGAGAACUUUUACAGUCAACUGAAUGCUGUCGUGGAUAAAAUUCCGAAAGGUGAUAUCAAGAUCUACAUGGGCGACUUCAACGCGAAGGUGGGCUCCGAUAACUCGGACUAUGAGCACGUUAUGGGACGUCAUGGCCUCGGAGAAAUGAACGAAAACGGAGAGCUGCUUGCAGAGUUUUGUGGCAACAAUGACAUGGUGAUCGGGGGAUCGCCCUUCCCCCAUCGGCCAGUACACAAAGUGACAUGGGUUUCCCGUGAUGGCUUCACGGAGAAUCAAAUCGACCACAUCUGCAUCAGCCGAAAAUGGAGAAGGAGUCUCCUUGAUGUGCGUAACAAGCGUAGCGCCGAUAUAGCGUCCGACCACCAUCUCCUAAUCGGCGAGAUCCGGCUGCGUAUUGCAAGGAUUCAGCGACAGGAAGAAAAGAUCGGGCGUCGAUUUAACACACGUCGUCUGGAAGAUGCUGCGGUAAGAAGGUUCAGCUGGAGAACCAUGCUGGAGAUAUUCCGGAUGGUGGAAGCGUAG